CCCAAUAAGGAUUAGCCCUUGGAAAUCAGAAAGACAACCUCUCUCUCUCUCUCUCACACACACACACACGCAAACUCUCUUUCUUGCACUUUUUUGCACCAUCGGCCCCGGCGUGUCAGCCUUCAACUUCAAAACAGAAAGAGAAGAAGAAAAGAUGAAGAAAUGAGCGAAGACACGAAGAGAAACGGUAUCGGAGCCGGAGCUGUGGUGGUGAAGUCUUCGUCGGACGAUCGCAAGUCGUUAUCAGCCUCCUCCGAUGAUCGAAAAUCCUCUUCGAAUUCAGCUACUUCUACUACUGUUGGGAAGAAGACAGUCAUCAUAAAAAGUGCCGAUAUGAAACCUGACCUCCAAAAUGAGGCUGUCGACAUUGCUAUUGCUGCAUUUGAGAAGUGUAAUGUAGAGAAGGAUGUAGCAGAACAGAUUAAGAAGGAGUUCGACAAGAAGUAUGGCCCUACUUGGCAUUGCAUUGUCGGAAAAAACUUCGGUUCUUAUGUGACUCAUGAGACGAACCACUUUGUAUACUUCUAUUUGGAUUCAAAAGCAGUACUUCUAUUCAAAUCUGGUUGAACUCACUGGUGACGUUGAUAGAGAAAUGGGUGACGACGACGACAAUCAUGUUAUAGUCUGCCCAUGUAUGUAUCAUUUGAAAAUUCCCAGCUACAAAGAUCUAGGGGGAAAUUCAUGUACCUGUAUAAUCUGCUUACUUUCUCAGACAUUUCUGGCUAACUUGAGUGAAUAUAUGACUUUAACGAGUGAUAUGAAAGACGUCCUUAUCACAAAAAAGAAAACAAAAAAAGUGCUAUGAGAGGUGUUGGGUUGAAAUUAAGCCCGGAAGAUUUCUACGUUUCUCAA